AUGGCGCCAACAUCUCGAAGUCAUUGGACAAAACUCGCGCUUACACGAAUGGGUGGUAACGGAGAACGGGACAUCAGUCUUGAUCUUGAACGUCGAACUACCAUUGGCGAAUACGUCGGCUAUAUUACGACCGGGAUCGAAGGCAUGGACGUGAUGGUAGCAGAUUCACAAGAACGGCCGUACCAAAUAUAUCAAGGCCACGCAAUCCUACGAGAUUCGUUAACCACUCCUGCCGCCCAGACUGCCAGUUUCAAAGAUUCUACUGGCUAG